CAUUUCUCCUGAACAAUAGAAUGCAGGCUGUCCUGAUGACAUUCCGGCAUAAAAUAAUUUCACGUCCUGACUUUAGUUGUGAAAGCCAGCAUUUUUACAAUAAGAAAAUUAUUCGCAUAUAUAAUUCGUUGCCAAUUUAUUUUUGAUAGCCAAACAUUUUCUCAGUGUUUUCAAAUAUUCACAAUUGAAGUACCGACAUCAUUUCGGUUUCUGGCACGCAAAAUAUAUUCUCAGUCUAAGUAAGCUUGUGUCCUUCGAGAUUUUAUUAAAACGAUAAAACGAUGAAAUCGACUAAUGAGAAAAUGGCCUCGUAUCGGGCAUGUGAUCCUUAUAAUUGUGCACCAACUGGCAGUCGACCCUCGCUUUCGGCGGGUGGAAUUUGCAGCGGUAUGGCGAAAUCUAGGCUCGCGGGGCGCUUGGGUGCCAUAAGUGGAGCCCUUGCUUUGGCUAUAGCUGGUUAUGCAAAACGAAAAAGAAUAUUCGGAGUGGAUUCAGAAACUACAGAACCACUUGAUGGAGGCGGGGGUGAUAAUGAGGAUAACGAGCCUAAACCAGUUUUGGAUGAGGGAAAUGACAAAUGGAUAUUAACAGAUCAAGAAAGAUUUUUCUAUUCAGGAAAUCAACAGCAUUUCUAUCAUUCACUAGCAUUGAUGGCGGUGCCAUAUGCAGCAAAACUUCCUACUCUGACAACCUCCCUAUUGAUUUCGGGGAUAGUUUUGUUUUGUGGCACACAAUAUUAUAGGUCCUUCAACAAGGACAAUGUUUAUGCUGGUCGACCCUUACUUUGGAUUGGAGGUCUAUGCCUGAUAAGUGCAUGGUUCACUUUUCUCUUAUAAUACGUUCCCUAUCGCCUUCAAGACAAUCAGAUUGUAGCGUGUAAUUUUAUGGAAAAAUGAACUUUUAAAAAAAAGAUAGUAAUAAAUUGCAGCAAAGUUUGGCUUACUGUAAAUAAAUAGUUUCUAGUUACGCUAGAAUUGUGGAAAGCAAA